AUGGAGGAUAUCGAUGGAGAAAGAUCAGGUUUUGGUGUGGGUUCACUUGAUGGUUUGACACUUUUCUUUGAUUUGGGCUUCUUGUUCUUUGAUUUGGCUUCAGUCUUGGAUGAUGAUUUGGAUUUAGAAGGGGCAGCUGAGUAUUUCUGCCCUUCUGCUGAAGGCUUAUCCAAAGUCAUGAAUCUUUCCCCUACCAUAGCUGGAACCACUCUUCUCCCUCUAGGAAAUGGUGCUAAUGAUGUCAUCUCUAGUAUCAUCUCCUUCACUCGAUCCAGCAGUGGCGGCGUUGGGCUUAACAGUGUUUUAGGUGGUGCAUUUUUCGUGUCUUGUGUCGUUGUGGGAGUCAUAAGUAUAGUCGUAUCGCCAAACCAUAGGCUAACCAUUGAUAAGCCAAGUUUCAUUAGAGAUGUACUUUUCAUCAUUUUUUCACUCUCAUGUCUCCUUGGGAUCAUUGUUUUCGGGAGGGUUAAUUUGUGGAUAGCGAUUUGUUUCUCAUCUAUUUAUGUCAUUUACAUUUGUGUGGUCUGCGCCAUGCAUUUCUUUAGUGAGGAUGAAGCAGCAGAAAAUGUGAAUUCAACGGACAAAGAAGAUGAAUUGGAUAACGAGAUUGGGGUUGCAUUGUUAGGGUGUGUUGAUGAGGAAAAGUCUUCUGAAUUAUGUCCUAAUGAGAAACACACAGAAGAAAUAAAUUCCUCUAUCUUUGGUACCUCAUCAUCUUUCUGCAAGUUCAUAAAUUGUUUUCUUGGUGUUUUGGAUUUUCCCCUUUACUUGCCAAGAAGGCUGACCAUCCCUGUCGUUAGUGAGGACAAGUGGUCCAAGCCAAUGGCUGUAAUUUCAGCAACAUUGGCACCAAUUCUGGCAGCAGCUGUUUCAAGUGAAGGCAUGGAUUCUCCGACAAGCUUAGCCAUUGGCAUGACAUCAGUUCUAGUAGGGCUUAUUCUAGGGAAUCUUGCAUUUUUGUCUACAAAAGAAUCUAGCCCUCCAAAAGAAUGCUUGUUGAUUUGGCUCCUUGGAGGGUUUCUCAUGAGUAUUACAUGGACAUAUGUUCUUGCACAGGAAUUGGUUUCAUUGCUCGUCUCAUUUGGAUAUAUAAUAGGUAUAAACCCUUCAAUUUUAGGUCUCACUGUCCUAGCGUGGGGUAACUCAACUGGGGAUUUGAUAUCUAACGUUGCCAUGGCACUGAAUGGUGGAAAAGAUGGGCAACAAAUGGCGAUUUCGGCUUGUUACGCCGGCCCAUUAUUCAAUACUUUGAUUGGUUUGGGGGUCUCCCUUGUGUUUGCAUCAUGGUGGGAGUAUCCAGCUUCUUAUGUGCUUCCCAAAGAUCCUUUCCUCUGUGAAACUUUGGGAUUUCUUAUGGUAGGUUUGCUCUGGGCUCUUGUCAUUUUGCCUAAGAGAAACAUGCAACCGGAUAUCUCUCUUGGUGUUGGACUUCUGGCGAUUUACUUCUGCUUCUUGUUCCUAAGGUUUGCAAAAGGCUUUUAG